AUGCAGAAAAAAUUGUUUUUCAGUUUAUUCCUAGGAUUACAAUUAAUUGACCCGAUUACUAGCAAUGCCAUCGGCAAGAACAGAACGAUCAAAGGCGAAUUUGCAUUGCCGGGACAAUUUCCCCAUCAAGUCUCGAUACAAGCCAUGACUUUGAGAAAUUGCACCGAGCACUUUUGCGGUGGCAGCAUAAUCGACCGUUGGCACAUCCUGACGGCUGCCCACUGCUUCACCAACCAGGCACUGCGCGAGUUUCUCGACAUACCGUGGACCGUCGUCGCGGGAACUGUCGAUUUAAAAGAUCGCGACCAUGGCGUGUAUCGCGACGUCGAUACCAUUUUCAUACCGUACAAUUACACGGAGAACCAAGUCGACGUUUACGAUUACGAUAUAGCCGUGUUAAAACUGAGAGAACCGAUGCCCAUAGGCAUUGAGCCGUACAUCGACUUUGUCGAUUUACCCAAACCCGAUCAAUACUUGCCACCGGAUCAUCGAGAGGCACUCAUGUCUGGAUUUGGGACUUAUUAUCAAACGGACAUGCCGGACGGCCAGAUAGUAUCGGGUCCCAUCAGUCAAUUUUUACGAUUCGCUCGUGCGCCAAUAAACGUAGAGGAGCCCGGUGACGUUUGUUACGAUGAUCAGGUUUGCGUCGAAGCACCGGACCAUCUUGGAGGAUUCUGCUUUGGUGAUAGUGGCGGUCCUCUCUACGACGAAGAUUUACAAACACUAAUUGGCGUUAUCAGUCACCACACGCAUUAUUAUUGCGGAGAUGUAUCUAAAUAUACGAGAGUCUCAGCUUAUUUGGAUUUUAUCAAAGCCGUACGCGAUGAUAAGAUCGAUGAUUAUAAUAUGGUGUGGUACUAUAAUCCACACAAUUAUUCAUUGGAAUAUUCAAAGCUGUCCGUUUGUGAUAUAUGA